UCUACUUUGUUGUGAAGACACAAACUGAUACAGUAGAGCCGAGGAAAGCUCCGAUAGUUCUUUCAGGUGUUAUACUGGCAAUAUAAACAUCCCCUGUUCUCCUGGCACCCAGGCUGCUCAGCUACAGGGUCAGAGCUACAGAGGCUGGAAAACCCAGGAUUGUGGAGGAGAGCCUCAUCACUAUCUUAUAACAACUAGUAAUUAGCAUUGUCUAAUCAUAAUUAGACACCUGUAAUUAUCGACAGCUGGGAGCCUACAUACAGGUGACCAGUUGUCCUGGGAAAUCACACGGAUCUAUAAAAGCACGUCACCUGUACCACGGGAUGCUGAGCUAGGCUGUCGAAGUGAACGAGCCAGCGUACCUGUGUGUCAUACCUUUGUGUGUUGUAUUAAGGACACCUCUUAUUGACAUUGUAGUGAACCAUUUUACUACGACAGUUUAAAAGGACAAUCGAUAUAUUUGUGGAUAUCUUUGACCUUGAAUUAAAUUGGUGUGCCUGUAUUUUCUGAUAAAGGUAGAAAUACAGAGGACCAUGCGUACUGAUUAGACCCAGCACAAAACUUACCACAACAGUUCACAAAAUCAACCAUGGAAUAUUCACAGAAAAUCAUCAGUGUGGCCAUACUUUCAUUCACCAUGAUUGUACAAUGUAUGGCAGGUACACCCAUGUCAGCCAGUGCAUGCUUCGCCCAGAAGUCACUGACGUUUAAGUGUGGAUAUGGUUACAUGUUACGGAUUACUCGCACACUGUACGGACACAACUCCGCCGGACUGUGCAGUCUCCAGCCCGGAGACUGUGUGGAAGAGGAACGCAAACUCUACCCCUGUGUGGGGCGCGAAUCCUGUUCCAUAAACCUCCCCAGUGGGGGUGUUGGCAGAGUUAUCUCCUCCUGCAACAAACCUAGCAACUACUUCCAUGUGGAAUAUGAGUGCAUCCCAGUGUCGGACACAAAAAAUAUCUGUGACUCUCCUGUGAUCACAGCCCAGCAGGGUUACAUUAUCACCCCGGGUUACCCCAACAACUACGGGUCCAACAUCAACUGUACAGCACGCAUUCAGGUGGAGAGCUACCAACACCUCCAGCUCUACAUCCUUGACCUUGACCUUGAGAUGGCCAGCAGCACAUGUUCCGACUUUAUGCUUGCUCAGGACACCAUACAGUCUCUUACCCUCUGUGGUAAACGCGGGAACGAGCCAAGUCCUGUCUCCUGGAAAAACCUUACACUUCGACUGUCAACCAACAGUAGAAACAACUACAAGGGAUUCUGGCUGUACUAUGAAGCCACACCAGCACUGACAACCACCACUCAGCGACCAACCUCGCCUAUGGCAACCAAUCACAAGACACCACAGCCAGUGGCACCAAGUAGUACCACAGGGGAGCACACUCUGUCACCAAAGCACAUCAUCCCCAUCACCAAGACUGUCAACAAUGUCAAUGUGGAUAAAGCAAAAACAUUGCCGUUCGCUGCCAUCGUAGGCGGAGUCAUCGGUACACUAAGUUUUGUGUUGGUCAUCCUGUUGGUUCUCCUCAUUGUCAAAUGGUCACGAGAGAGGAAGAGGAGGAGGGAUAAGAACCAGUUUAUUGAGGUACAAAAUCCAGGCUACAGAAACAGCAACGAGUUUCAACAGAACGCAAUCCCGCGGACGGACGUUUGUUACAACUACGUUGACUGUUGAGAGGAAAUCAGCAUUUUUUCCCCUUGUGAUCUCACAUAUGAUGGAGCAGCGAGAUUUGAUCUCCCAUCAUCACACACAAACUAAGUGCAGCUACAACUUUUACAUGUGACCUUGAUCAUGACCUUGGAUCUAAUCCAGCCAAUCAUAUCAUCAAUAUUCCAUUUCACAAAGGAGGACAAGUGAAAGAAAAGUGUAUAAUGUACCGUACAAUGGAAGAGGUGACUUCCAAAACUUUUCAUCAAAGGACAAUAUUUUAUAUUACUGAGUAUUACAUUGACUAACAUGAUUUCCUGCCUACAGUGGUUAAAACACAAACAGUUACAAGUAUGAAUUGUGUGCUGGAACAGUAGAUUUUAGGAAUUAUGUAAAAAAGACAAGAUUUUUUUCUGUGAUAAAAAAGUGCCGUUUUUUUAUCUGUGUUUUCUACCUGAGUAAACACAGGUGAGUUAGGACUGAUGACUCUACCUGAGAGUUUGAACUAGAGGGAGGAGUAGAUUGACGGGUAAAAUCCAUACACCUGAGCUGACGGCGUUACCAGGUGACUACACAAUACCUGAUGUGGUGUACCCAUCUUUCUCUGUUCGGUAAAACGGUUACAAGGUUGUGCAAUGUUGACUACGGAACCACACGUUGAUAAGUGAUGUGCAAUAACACUCUAAAUAAUGAUUUUUCUAAUUUAUUCAUUGUAUAUAGACUCAUGUUCAAUAUUUCAUGGUGUGUAUAGCUAGUGUACAGUGCUAGAUAUACCAAGCCUAUAGCUUAUAUAUCAAUAUUCCACAUACUCUCACACAUCAAGGUUGGCUAUUUAUCAGUUAUAUGAUUACACUCCACUUUUAUAUCUAUCUAAUUUCUCUGAUCUUUUUUCACCUAUCUGUCCCUAUUUUCAAAAUAUUCAGCUUUGAAAGUUUUAUUAAAUUUGUUCUAAUAAUAUUUUUUUUCAGAAUCCAAAAUCCAGAAAUGCAAAUAACCCUGAAAACUAUGCAAAACAUCAAUAGGAUUUUGGAAUUUAUAUGUUUUAAUAUUUUUUUUAACUCUGAUAUAAAUUUGUUGCUAGGCAAUUAUCUGUAAAGCGCACAUAUCUUGAUUGGCCAGUAACAUUUAAUUCAUUGAUGUUGAUACCUGGACAAACUAAAUCAUAAUUGAUUAUUCCAUGCAUACAUCAUUCUGGAUUUUUCUGUUUCCACAGAGUUUAUGUAAACAGAGUUGACACACUAAUUUAUUAUUGAUGUUAUAAAUUAGCUUUGUCCACAUAAUCAAUCAGUAAUUGAAUAUCAACAUAUUUUGUUAAAUAACCAAAUUUCUAUUCAUGUAUUAUCAUUUUUGUUGGAAAAGAGUCCUGUUUCAAAACAUGGAUUCAAAUCAAAUCAACUGAAACAAAAAAAACAUCAGAAUUUUACAUAUUAUUUAGUGCUGAGAUAGGUUAUUUUUUGCAAAUUAAAAUUGUGGUAGGGUGGAUAUAGUGUACUGGGGAGAUAUAGGAAGUGACCAUGACUGUGUGUUACAAUGUAACAUGUAUAUGUAUGUAUUAGGUGCCUGGGGAAUGUUCUCUGUGUGCCUCUGUAUAACGAUGGUAUGACAAUGACACCUAACUCAGUAAUUAGGCAUUCGUUAAAAUUUUUUUACAAACAUAGCAAGAAUCAGUUUGAUUAUGAACGAUACUGUGCUUUGCCCAAAAGCUGCUGUGUCUUGGGAUGAGCCUAUAAUUUCUGGGCUUCUAUAUAUAAUCACUUUUACACUGCUGUCUAAAACAUAAGCACAUGUGAGAACAUUUUCGGGACGAUCGUCUGUGAUACACUAGUGUUUUAUUUCGUUUGGUUUCAUCUAGUCCUAAUCUAUUGAAUUAAGGUAUGCCAGUGCUGACUACAAUAUAUACACCACUUAUUAGACUAUAUUUGAUGCACAUGGCAUUUAAUUUAUUGAGAAUCACAUUCAUGCAUGCACAUGUUCUAGAUUAGAACAUUCAUUUCCAUUCCAUAAGCCAUUCCCCGACUCUAAUGGAAAAUCUCCAAAUUGUGUAACAUACAACUUGGCUGUUUCUAGAUCUCUUUGUUUUGAUAAAUCCUUAAACAAGAGGAAUCUUGUGUUAUUUUUUAGUCAUAAUUUAAUAAGAUCUAAUUUUCCUUAAAAACAAGUUGCAAAAUUUCUAUCCAAUAAUUUGUUUAUAAUAAUUAAUACAUAAUGGGUAGUAAAUGAAGAAAAAUGAGAUAAUCAAAAACAUACACGUAAAAUGGCAUCAUGUUAGCUACGCUAGUAGUUGUUACUUACAGAUAUAUAUAUAUAUAUAACGACAGAGAGAGAGAGAGAGAUAGAAAGAGAAAGAGAUAUAUGGAGAGAGACAGAUCAGGAAGUAGGAGCAGAGAGAGAAAGCAAGGAGUGAGUAAAAUGUAUUAAAGAGUUAAUAAAUUAUCAUAAAAUUAAUUAUUUGUGUUAAAUUAAAAUUUGAGUAUUUAUUAUUAUGAGACAUUUGAUGUACAUGUAUUAAAUAAUUUAAAUAAUUUAACUUGUUGCUGUAUGAACAUCUUUGCAAGGCCAAAAGAUGGGGCACAGUAUUUAUAUGUCAUGAAAAUUAAUAAAAAAUCAUAUAAAAC